AUGAAGGGGGUCGUUCGCCCUACUCAUAUUGAUCUUGCUUCAAUCCUCGCAGAGCCCAACCCUUCUGUCGACCUGCGCCUACAUGCAUAUGAAGCCUCCACAUCUAAUUUUCUCAGGGCGGUCACCAACUAUGCAAACCGCGCAGUGGCAGAGAUCACCAAACAUAGGAACGCUCAGGAGGCGGACAAGAAGCGCUUGACUGAGAAGACUGCUGCAGUCAAAGCUGAAACUAAUCAGUGCAAGGUGAAGGAGAUCGAGCUGCUGGCUGUAAUGGAAAGGGAAAAAGAAGAGGUCCGAGAAGCUGAGAUAUCAAUUACUGCUCUGAAACGCCAACUUGCAUCCAUCCGUGAAACUUGCCAGUCCAUCGAUGCAGAGAUAGAGCAGUAUCGUGCUCUGAACGCCAAUCUAAAACGAGAAAAAGACCGAGAGCGACAGACGCUAGAAAUGCAUGCAGCACAAACAGGGCCUGAAUUAAAUGCCUGCGAAACCCGUCUGCGUUGUCAUAUCGAGGGAAUAGAGAAAGACCGGCUCCUAAUCCGAUUUACACACAUCGACAAGAUUGACAUUGAUCGCGAGUUUAGCUUCGUGCUCGAUGUUGCAUCCAGGUCGAAUCAAGUGAUAACAACCACACCACCACUGCCCAAUCUUCCCAUACUACUCAACGAACUAAAUGACAUGAGAGAUAUAUUCCGUUUUAUCAAGUUGAUGCGCUCGGCGUUUGCCCAAUUGGUAGAGCAGCCCUAA